GCCCGCCCGGCGGGGGUCACGGACCGGCCCCCCCGGCUCGGCCCCGCUCCGGCCGCGGCGGGCGCAGGGCACGGGCAGGGAGCGCGGCGGGGGCGCAUGGAGAGAGCGGGCACGGCGGCGGGCUGCGUUCUUUUCUUCCACCUUCCUCUCAUCUCUGGAAGCUCCACUGGUAUUGGAAUAGGCAGUAAUUAUUCCAAUCUCCCGCUUCCCUCCAACGGGAGCGGCCCGAGCAGCGAAUUCCCCGGCUAUGGAGAGGGCGGCAGCGACUCCAGCCUGCUGGUUUCCCCGCUGCUGGUGGCGGGGGUGGUGAUCGGGCUGGUGCUGUCCCUGUCCUGUGCCACCAUCGUGGUGGGCAGCCUGCGCAGGGACGGGCGGCUGCGGCACCCCCGGCCCGGGCCGGGGGCUGGGGACGCUCCAGAUGGCUUCUCCCAUGGUGGCUCUUCUGGAGAGCUGAGAUCCUCCUGCACCGAGGAGUUCCCCCAGGCUUGUGACUUUGGUUCCUACCUGGACAUACUUUCUCAGGUCAACAUCAUGUACCCUGACCCACCUCCACGCUAUGAUGAAUGUGUGGGGCCAGGAGCAACACAAAUAUAUAUUCCCACAGAUGAUCCCCCCCCAUAUUCUCUCAUGGACCCUUGUCAAAGAAAUGAAAUAUCUAUAAAUAUCUAUAUUAGCCAGGAAGAGGAGGCAGCAUCUGGGACUACAGGACAGGCUGCAAAUUCUGCAGUCAGGCUGCAGGACUUGCAGCAGCCCACUCCAUCAUCUCUGUCAUCUCUCACCCUGGAGGCUGCGCCCCUGUUCAAGACAGUGGGGUGUGAACAGAAUAUCCCCAUCCCACGUGUUCCAACAGAAGUACAGAGCAGUUCUUCCACUGACUAUCAGGCCCCAAAUCAUGUGAACAGAAGUGGCUCUUUCCUUCAAUUCUUCUGAAGAUCUCAGACCAACAAAAACACUUCAAUGGAAGAAUAAAACCUCUGGAAGUUUUACCUAUUUUAUAUCUUUAAACAGGGAUGCAACGGGAUUUUGUUUUUUACAGUGACUUUUUAAAGUUUACCUAAACUUUCCUCUUUGUGCUUCAAAGUAUUCCGUGACCUCACACAGCAUAAAAGAGCAGCAGUGACAAGCAGUACACCUGCCCUUCCUGAAGCAUUUCAAAACACACUGAAAUCAGACACUCCUAAUGCAGAUAUGUUACCCAGUCAAGCCUACUUGUUGAUUUUAGGAUAAAGGAAGGAAAGAAGGAAAAAGAAGAGCAUUUUAUUGUCAUUAAAGGUAUCACAAGUACAUUUCAUUCCGUUUCUUGGCAACAAAGCAUUUUUAAAUAAUUUUUUUGGUCUAAGUAUGUAUUUCAGUGUAGAGAGACAAGGCACUGCCUAAAACAGACGGUGAACAGUACCAUAGAGAAGCAAAAGAAAAAGGGAGUGUAAUGUUUGGAUAGCCACAUUUUUCCUUUGGUGCCAGACUUUCCAGACCAUUGCAAAGCCUGCUGUAAGUCUUCCUCAAAGAAACCAUCAGCAAGUGAUGGAGAAGUGGCAGUGGAUGCUCAAACACCAGUUGGCUUUACCUACAGAAGUGCAGGCCUGGGAGCUUCAUGUCCUUCAUGGGGACUUGCCGUAGCCAAGGGAAGGGCACAGGAAUCCCAGAGGAUGCUUUAUGCCAAUUCCCACCCAGGAUGCAUUUUCAGGCAUGACCUGGGCUCUUCUUUCAAUAAGGGGUUGCAGUUUUGCUGCAGUGACCUCUAGGAACUGGUGAGUGUGAUGUAAAUAGUGGAUGCUGGGCUGGGCACAGGAGCAGAGAACUCACUGUGAGCACAAACCUUGGAGCCGUUCCCAGCCCUGAGAAAAGAAACCAGGAAGGACAAAGCCAGUGAGUAGCAGCAGGACAUUUCCAUGCUGCUGCCAGGGUUCCCAACCAGCUGCCAGGGCAGUGAGUGCAGGGACCUGGAGCUGCAGGGCACAGGGACAGCAGGGGGUGACCAGGAAUGGCCAGGGCACUCCAGCCCCCUUGUCCCCACGGAUGCCAUCGCUGGGACACGUCUGCUCUGACAGUGAGCCCCCCUGCACCCACCCAGCCCUGGCUGGGGGGGACACAGAGUGACACAGAGGGGCUCCCAGGCAGGGCGUGUGGCCCCGGGGUGGGCAGGGCAGUGGGCACACCCUGACAGCCGGUCCCUUGGUCACCUCUUGCUCCUUUUCCCCAUGCAGAUGAUGCCAAGCCCCAGGACCCUGCAGCACCCUGCUGUGCCCAGCUCCCCUGGUGCUGGGAACACCCCUAAAGGACAACACACCCCAGAGAUCCUGCUGUUCACCUGAGGUGCCAGAGGAAGAGCUGCUUUCCUCUCUUCCUUUUCAUGGCCCAGCAAAACAAGUUGCAAGACUGGGACUAGAGGACAGCCCUGAGAUCAAAGGGUGAGCAAUGAGCACAGUUCCACCUGACUGCCUUAAAAUAGUUUGGAUCCUACUGUUCACUUCUGCCUGGAAUAGUCCCACUCCUCAUCUGGAAGCUGCUGUGAGUCUGGCUGAGGACAGACACAACCCACACAGAGAGCAAGGGGAACUCAGCCCUGUGCUUUCCUUGGGGGAGCACCCUUGGGAAACUUCUUGGCUGUGUUGUUUUGGAACUGGUAACUGCAAGAAAACCAAUCCCUCUUGUGUUUGCACUAAACAUUUUUAAGUCAUUUUUAAGUUCUCUGUCUAAUGGAAAACCCCUGGGUGUCUACAUCUUCAGUGAGCACCACUCAGCAGAGUUAUCAGAGGCACAUUUCCACUAAAUCUUAGGGGUAUUUUCACUGAAAUUAAAAAAAAAAGGUUUUUUUACACUUGCAGAAAGGACUUCAUUUACUAUUUCCACCAAGGGAUACAUAAAACUGAGUAUAGCAAAUCUAUAAUUGUAUUCAAAAGAAACCAUCAUCCAAAUUAUUAAAAUUGCACUUAGAUUUUCUGUAAAUACGGAAUAAUUUUCAACUGUAAUCAUCAUUCAACACUCCAAAGAUUGACACAGUUAUAAUUAAUACUUAGAUGGGAAGUAAUUAUAUGGUUCUUACUGCUAUAUAAAUUAUACCAUUACUGAGUCACAUGCACUCGAUGAGGCAAGGUAAGUAUGCAUUUUUUGUUAAGUAGAUGACAGUAAAUAUGUAUUUUGCUAAAAUAACAGAAUUCUUUUGCAGUUCAGUAAGAUUUUCGAUAUUCUCAGUGUACUCUACCCAAAAGAACAAAAAUACACCAUUUUGCAUUGCAAAACUGCUGGCAGGCAUUGGCACAAUGUAGGCUAUAUUUCAUAUUUUUAUUUUUUAGCAGAGAGAACAAUUCCUCUAUACAAAGUACUAUUUAAGCAGUUUUGUGGUACACAAAGUAUCCUGCAAUAAGACAAACAAACCCCUUCAUCACCUAUAAGGGGCCAGGGAUGAAAACCAGCCCAGAAAUGCACCAGUCAGUUUUAUGGCAGGAAACUCAGAAGUGAAGGAAGGCACAGAGGUUUGUUUCUGCAGCAGAGGAGCUGCUCUCAGAGCUGUGCCUUCCUGCAGCUCUUGGAAACCUGCCUAGAACACAGAAAGGCCACGGGACCAGCCCAGCUUCCUUCAGGCUCAGGCUGGGGAGGUGCAGGGGGAAAUCUCAUCCACAGAAAUUAGAAGGCAAAUGUGAUUUCUUUUGUCCUCACAGCGAGCCUCUUACAUGCAACCUGACAAACAUGAACAUUGCAGACAAGCACAGAGGGCUCUUCACACGUGGCACACAAUGUGUCUGUGCAUGGUGGGGGACCCUUUGGACCUAUUUGGCUUUUAACCUUUUUAACAGGGAUUUCCUGCCCUUCCACUAACUCUCUAUCUGUAGUUCACAAAACAAGGUGAUUUUAAGCAGACCUCUGAUGAAAAUGGGAGAUGGACAUUUUACUUCAUGACAGCAAUGCAUUAGGAAGGUUAUAGAAAACUGAUCAAAGUCUUUCAUCCUUUGGUAAUGUUGAAGCAUCCCCAGCACUGUGGACUGUCAGUGGCAGCGUUUCUCACACUCUCUGCUCCCUCUGGUGGUGUGAACCACUGCAGAAAGUCUGGCCAUCCUCACAGCACAGAUUCACCAAAAUAAUCAGAUCAAUCCCAGCUGCCUGGUCACACGGAUAUGGAGCCACCCAAAACAUACACUGCCAUACUGUAGCUUUUUCUAAGUUAUCACUGAACACAAGGGUUUGUCAUUCAUUGCAAACAAAUAUCUUUACAAAACAAACUGUGAAUUAAAGGCAGAGUGAUACCUUACCAUGAUCACCUGCAAGAGUGGCUUAGAAUUCUCUGCUCUUGUUAAUGUUUUUAACUGAGUGAUGUCCAACAAAGCUGUGGGGGGAAAAAAAGUCUUAUAAAUCCAACCAAAUACCUCUGCAAACAGACAGCACUAGAAAGAGAAGUUUUAGCUCUAAAACACUACAAAGAGAAGUUUGCAGCUCUAGAGCUGCUCCAACAGCUUCCAACACUACUACUGCAACAGCGAUGAGAUUUGUUGUAAUGAUGCAAUAAGAACCUGUUUUAAUUUCUUUAAGAAUAUUUAAGAUCUCAGAUAAAUCUCAGCAAAGUGGGCAGUGUCUCUCCUGAUGCUGCUCUUAAGAAAUUCUUAUUCUGCUGUCAGAUUUUAUCCUAAACUCUUGGAAAAUUCUAAUGCCAGUGCUAAAAGCCAGGUUUAACACAGAGCUUUCAUUUCUUACAUGACUAAUAAACUGCUUGGCCAUGCUGUUCCUUGCUAUGUGAUCACAAUCCUGUAUUUCUGUAGUCACCUCUUUUGGUUCUACUUUUAGUACUGAUCUUUACACAGAACUUUUAGUAAAGAACAUCCACUCUUGGUA